UCCGCUGAUGAAUUUGACGUAAUUGUAGUGGGAGCAGGCGUCAUGGGCAGCUCCACCGCAUACCAGCUAGCCAAAAGAGGCCACAAAACUCUUCUUCUGGAGCAGUUCGACUUUCUGCACCACCGGGGUUCUUCGCAUGGCGAGUCCCGCACCAUCCGAGCAACGUACCCUGAGGACUACUACCAUGACAUGGUCAAUGAGUCCUAUCAGAUGUGGGAGCAGGCCCAGUCCGAGAUUGGCUUCAGGGUCUACUUCAAGGCCCGACACUUCGACGUGGGCCCAGCCGAUGCCAAGAGCCUUCUCGCUGUCAUCUCCACGUGCCGAAGGAAGGCCAUUCCACACCAGGUCCUCGACCGCCGGCAAGUCACCGAAAAGUUUUCCGGCAGGAUUGAUAUCCCGGAGGGCUGGAUUGGAGUGUCCUGCGACCAUGGUGGUGUCAUCAAGCCCACCAAGGCGGUGUCAAUGUUCCAAAUGCUGGCGCUUAAGCAUGGUGCAUUCCUCUGGGACAACACGGAGGUGAACGGUGUAACCAGAGAUGGGGUGAAAGGCGGGGUGAUAGUGAGUACAAGCAACGGUGACAAGUUUUGGGGUAAAAAAUGUGUGGUGACAGCGGGCUCUUGGAUGAGAAAGUUAGUCAAAAAGGUCAGUGGGGUUGAGCUGCCCAUUCAACCUCUGGAAACAAAUGUGUGUUAUUGGAGGAUCAAGGAGGGGCACGAGGCUAAGUACGCAAUUGGAAGUGAUUUUCCGACAUUCGCUAGCUAUGGGAAGCCAUACAUAUAUGGCACACCAUCGUUGGAGUACCCAGGGCUGAUCAAAGUAGCAGUGCAUGGAGGGUAUCCUUGCGACCCUGAUAAGAGGACAUGGGGACCUGGAGUCAUUCCCAGCUCCUUGAAGCAAUGGAUCGAGGAGACUUUCAGAGGGUCGGUUGAUUCAAGUGGACCUGCUGCAACUCAAUUGUGCGUGUACUCGAUGACCCCGGAUGAAGAUUUCGUGCUUGAUUUUCUGGGAGGGGAGUUUGGGAAGGAUGUGGUGAUGGGUGGUGGUUUUUCUGGCCAUGGAUUCAAGAUGGCGCCGGUGAUCGGAAGGAUACUGGCUGAUCUCGUGCUCACUGGAGAGGCAGAAGGAAUUGAGCUAAAGCAUUUUAGGAUAGCCAGAUUUAAGGAGAAUCCGGGAGGAAACGUUAAAGACUUUGAAGAUCAAGUUGGGCAAUUGACAAGUGCACUGUGACUGAACCAUAAACCAAUUUCUGUUCAUCGUGCCCAUUCAUACGGCCCAGAACCAGGACUCUUAACCCCACCCUCCUUCCCCCCGAAUCUUUCUUCUUUGGUCCAAUCACCAAAGAGAAAUGAAUUAACAUUUCUAGUUUGCUAUCUGUAGCCACUCUAUGUUGCAUGCAGUUUUUGUGAUAUCUACGUCUCAACCUCAUGUAUUUUAUGCAUAAACUAGUCAUCAGUUUAGCCCAAACACCAGCAUUCUUCUAUUUUUCUUCUUUUUCAUACAUUUCAUCAAAAGCAAACAUAUUGGAUCUGUAGCA